CGGAUUUUCAGCCAGGCCAUGUUGUCCAGCCACAGGCCAGUGUUGACAACGCAGAGUGGAUUAAAACCUUAUUUGAUCAAAUGAGGCACUUGACUACCAUGGUUCAUUCCAUAAACCAGAGGAUGCAGUGUGUUGAUAGCAUUGACAGUAAAUUAACUAUGAUUGACAAUAAGCUGACAUCUCUCGACAUUACAAUGAUAGAGACAACACUUCGCGUUGAUAAGCUUGAAGCCUGUGUGAGAGAGACUGCAUCAGAAAACAAAAAGCUGAAACAACAGGUACGGGAGCUUACAGAACAGAGUACCGAUGAUCGGGACAGGUUGUCGAGAGAUGUAGAAGACGUGUUUUAUGACAUAGACUCCAUAUACCAGGAACAGCGAGACCUGAAAGAAUCUGUCAUUGACCUGAAAACACGCUCUAUGAGAGAUAAUUUACUCUUUCACGGGAUCCCGGAAAUGCCUGGAGAAGAACCUAAAGAGGUAAUUAAAGGUUUCUUAAAGAAAGAAAUGAAGUGUGACACAGACAUUCACCUCUUACGUGUACAUAGGAUUGGCCCUCACUUAUCUAACAGACCACGUACUAUAGUGGCAAAAUUUGCAAAUCCAGACGAACGGUGGGAAAUCCUGACUAACACAAGACAGCUGAGAGAAACGCAAUUCGGUGUUAGUGAACAAUUUCCUCAAGAGAUUGUGCAGAGACGAAGAGAUCUACUCCCCAUUUUCAAGGAAGCAAGGAGGCGUGGUUUGAAGUCUAACCUCACAGUAGACAGACUGUAUAUAGACGGGAGACGUGUAUACCCAGGAGACGACCCGUUUAUAGAUCUCACCCCACGAGACCCUCCCCCCAGCAGGAGAUCAUACGCGAGUGCCGUCGGUCGGUCAGACAACAGACAACCCAACAAGAUGGCCAGGACUGAGGACACGGGAGAAAACAGGCCGCGGUAGGAGAAUAACGGAGGUCAGCAAACCCGUGAGUCGCCUAACAGUGAAAACGUAACUUCCCACGAGAAACUUAAGAUACUGUCUCUUAA